UUAGGGUGGAGCUCGAACCGUGUCGAACGCCAUGAUCCGUGGGCUGUUGUUGGCCAUGAGUCGAAAUUGGUUUGAUCUGCUUUCCGAGGUGUAGUAGCCUCUGUUACCAAAAAGGGUUACCUGCCUGCCACGAUGUUACACAUAGAAUCGGAUUCCAAACAACUUCGGAAUUCCAUCAAUGAAAUCAUCUACUGGUCUUAAAUCAAUAACUGAAGAAGCAGCAUUUCGUGCGCCUUCUGAUACCAGUUAGUCAUGGCUGACGAAGAAAACUCUUGUAAGAGAUUAAAGUUAGAUGAUGAGCCCAGUAGAGAUGUGGAUUUCUCCAGACUGGAAACGGAGAAGCCUGCGGAAUGUCCAUUCAAGAACCAUUUGGAUGUAUUACUAGAUGAGGAUGAUAGUAUGAACAUUUCAAAUGUUAGAUCCGAUUCAAAUCACAAUUGUAAUGGAGAAACGGUCAAUCAAGGUAAUAUUGACUCAGAGCAUUAUCGCCAGGAUCUAUCGAAUGGUCAUGAACAAAAUGACGACAAUGACUCAAGUCCUAGCACUCAAGAUCCUUGUGCCAGCGAUGAUUUAAGACAUUUUGAUGUUCUUGACGAUUUGGAGAGACACCCAGAUCAAGAUGGGUCUGAUUCUGACUCUGAAUCUGAUAGUAUGGAUUCUGAUGUACCAGAUGAAGAAAUUGAAGCCAUGUUGGAAGAAGGAUUGCCUGAAGAAUUUAAAGGAAAGCGGAGAAAAAAAGCAGAUGGGAUGCCAUAUGAAGAAAAAGAGAAAUUAGUUUUGGAUGAGAUAGGGCACAAUCACUUCGAUGUUUUACCUGAGGGUUGGGUGCAAGUUACUCAUAACAGUGGACUUCCACUGUACCUGCACAAACAGAGCCGUGUUUGUACGUUAGCCAAACCAUACUUCCUCGGACCAGGCAGUGUACGAAAGCACGAAGUACCUGUAAGUGCUGUACCUUGCUUGCAAUAUAGAAGAGCAUUGCGCGAAGAAGAAGAAGAGGAAAAGAAGAGAAAGGAGAGGGAAAAGGAACCCACUGUGGAAGCUUGCAGUUUGCCCAGUGCUAAGAUUGAAACUAUUCAAGAAAACAGGGCAGCACAUUCUUUGGACAGCGAACAACUCAGGAAUUAUUGUCAAGCAUUGUUUCGAUUCAAAGCAAUCAAAGUCAUGAGAUUCCAAUCUUGGUCAGCACGGCGAAAGUUUACAAAGAAUAAAAAGCAUCGCAAACAGCUGGAGAGACCAACGUUACCCGAUGGCACCAAGUUGAUCACUUUCCCAGUUGGCGGGGCCUCGAUAUCUGGAAGCUGUAAUACAGCUGCCGGAGAAGACAGUGGGGGGCAGAGACCUCCUAAACACUGGAUUAUGAAUCCAUCCGGGAAAAGUUAUGUUUGUAUUUUGCACGAAUAUGUCCAGCAUGCCCUCAAGAAACAACCGACUUAUAAAUUUAAGGAAUUAGAGAAUGCAUCUACGCCAUAUUCCGCAGUGGUCUGUAUAAAUGAAAUGGAAUAUGGCAGUGGCUUUGGUAGCAGCAAAAAACAAGCAAAGGCAAAUGCAGCACGCAAGACUCUUGAAAUCCUAAUUCCUCAGAUGCGGGAUAAGAUUUCGGGAGAUUCAGGAGAUGGUGCUAAUAAUUCCAGCAGAGCUCUCAAAGCUUCAAGAGGUACAUCCGAAGCUGAUCUCUCUUUUUUCGAUGAAAUUGCGAUCACUGAUCCUCGAGUCGCCGAGUUCUGUGCCAAAACGACAGAGCCUUCGCCUCAUGCAAUUCUAAUCACAUGUCUGCAACGAAACUUCGGUCUUGGCGAUAUGCAUAUUAACUAUUCCGUCAACACCCUAAAGCAUCAGCGCAAUGAAUUUACAAUGCGUGUUGGAAAACACGAAGCAACCGUGGUUUGCCGUAAUAAAAAAGAUGGUAAACAACGAGCAGCACAAGCAAUAUUACAACGAUUACACCCACACAUCCAGUCUUGGGGUUCACUGCUAAGGUUAUAUGGAUCACGCAGCGUCAAAUCAUUUAAGGAAAAGAAACAAUUGGAACAAGAAAUUACGCUUCUACAAGGCAAGGCUCUAGUAAAUCAGCCAAAUCACGCGAUCUUGGGUAAGCUCCGACAAGAAAUGCGUAAAUUAGCGGAACAACGCCAAGCAGUGCAACCAAUAGGUAAAUUCCUACCACCCGAUUUACCGACUGGCUCUGCAGCUAACUUGAAUAAUGUUGAUCUAUAAACUCCUAGUCCGAUGUGGCAUUGAUUCACAAUCAUAAAGUAGAGAUAAUACAAUUCAAAUAUUAAAAUGAAUCUGGCACACCUAUAAUUUGGCCAAUUGCGUUAUAAUACGUUACAUUGUAGCACUGAAAAUAGUGUUAUAGAACUUGAUGAAUUUUUAAUUGCUGGAGCAAUGCACGGCCCCAUAGCUAUUAGGUUGUUGUUUUUUUUUUCCGCCAAGUUAUUGCACUCUUUAAAAUAUUGGUGCUGAUUUUGUUCAACCGUACAAUUUUGUUCAUCUACCAUUUUUAUAAAGUUGAGCUGAAUUUUUUAUUAUAUUUAUAACAACUACCCGGGUAAUAAGUUAGUGAUUUCUAUUGAACUGAUUGCUACCAAUACGGUAAUGUUAAUAUUAACUAAUGUUCUAAUUGAUCAAAUAAUUGAUUGUAUAUUAUUAAAAUUGGAUGCCCAAUCUAGGGUAUGUAUUUGGCUAUUACAAUUUCAGUGAUCGAAUCAGCAGUUGCUUUAUGCUGCCAAUCAAUAGUAAUAAGAAUUGUUCAUAAUAUUCGUUAGAUUUAUGUUAAAGGAACAGGAGGAGCCAUCGAGGAUAUCCUGCGAAUUUUUUUAAAAAACUUUUAUUAGUUUGAUACUACAUAUGUUUAUUUUGGCACUGUGUAAUACGAUCAAUUUGAAACACACUGUCCUAAAUUGAAAGAACUUAAUCUAUUUUUUAAAUGAUUGAUAGAACAAUCAACAUAUUGUAAAUGAAAAUUGUACACCGAAAAAAAAAAAUUACCAAAAGAGAAUAUUACUUGAUUUUACAACGGUUAAUGAAAUUUGUUCGAUAUGAUUUCCACCAUGAAAUUGAUUUGUAAAUAAUUGUAUCAAGGCAUACGUUAGCUAAAUAGAGGAUGAUUUCUUUUUCUUAUAGUAUAAAAGAAAGUUGAAUGAAGACAAGAAAACCACCUAUAAUGUAGAUUAGUAGAUGUUAUUCUAAUGAGAUGUCCAAAUAGGCUUAUGAUAAGACCUAGUGUUCGUAGUCGUUAAGGAGUAGUUUUCAUGUUAAUUGAACAAUUUUUGUACAGUUGGAUGGUUUGAAAAGAACUGAUGCAAGCAUAUUGAAUCAAUUUUGAUCAAAAUAUUUCCAAAUAACAGAUUCUGCAAUAUUUUUGAAGAAUUAUAGUUUUGUGUAAUCAUGUGAAUGGUUCUAGAAUUAUAUCUUGCAAAGGACGUACGUACCACUCAAUGCAGCAGACUAUAGAUUAUGACCUAAUACUUUACACAUUAGAAAGAAAUGUACUUCAAUGAGUUUAAUCUCAACGAUUCUGAGUUAUUGCGAUAAACUUGAGCUAGUAAUUUUGUUCCAUGUUAUACCGCUUAGAAAUAAGUGCUAUAAAAUAUGUGAAGCAGAAGAAUAAUAUACGUCAUCAAUCUUCAA